AUGUCUAAGCUUAUGAAAGCAGCAAUCCUUGAAUCAAUUUCUGAAAACCCUCAAGUAGCUAUAAGAGAAGUCCCUAUUCCGACUCCUGGACCUGGAGAAGUUUUAAUCAGAAUGGAAGCAGCUCCAAUUAAUCCUUCAGAUUUAUUAUUCAUUCGAGGAUUAUACGGAAAUUCAAACCCAGUCCUUCCAAUAGUCCCCGGUUUCGAAGGCUCAGGAAUUGUAAUCCAAAACGGAGGCGGCUUUAUAGGCUGGACACUUCUUGGGAAACGAGUUGCCUGUGCAAUGACUCCAAAAAUGGGAGGAACCUGGGCCGAAUACAUGGUAACAAGCGCAAAACAUUGCGUUAAGCUAAACGACCAAAUUACCUUCGACCAAGGAGCUUGCUUUUUUGUUAAUCCAAUGACAGCAGUAAUGUUUGCCGACGUAAUUUACCAAGGAAAGCACAAAGCCGCCAUCCACACUGCCGCUGCUUCACAAUUAGGAAAAAUGAUGGUCAGGUGGAGUGUCGAAAAUAAUUAUCCAAUUAUAAAUAUCGUCAGACGUCAAGAACAAGUGGAAACCCUCAAAAAUUUAGGGGCAAAAUUUGUAUUAAAUUCAAGUGAGCCUACUUUUGAAGAAGAAUUGAGGGCUUUGGCGAAAGAAUUAAAUGCAACGAUAGCUUUUGAUGCAAUAGGUGGAAAUAUUACUGGGACUUUAUUGAAUUUAAUGCCAGAAACUUCGAUUGUUUAUUUGUAUGGAGCUUUAUCUCUGGAAGCGUGUGGAAAUAUAAACCCAGUGGGGUUAAUUUGUGAGAAAAAAAAAUUGGAAGGGUUGUGGCUUACAGAUUGGCUGCAGUCUAAAAAUAUUUUUGGGGCGAUAAAUACAGUGAGAAAGGUACAGAAUUCACUUGGUGAACUUUAUAGAACUGAUUUUGCUGGAGAGUAUCCGUUAGAAGGGGUUCAAGAAGCUAUCCAAAGAUAUUCAAAUAAUAUGUCUGCAGGGAAGAUUUUAAUUAAGCCUAGUAAAGGCAGUUAA